AUGGCAGAAACCAAUGGAGAAAAUAAUGAGAGUGGAAAGUUACGGAUGCUGAAGAUAUGUUCGUCAGAAGUAAAAACAAAUGGAGGGCCUAGUCUAAUGAAUGGUGUACACAAUGACGAAGAAGGAGAAGAGGAAUUUAUAAGAGAAGUGGAAAAAUAUGAUUUCAUUCGAUUGAGUUUCCCCGAUGUUAAUGGGAUUCAUUUAAGUAAAUUAGUGUCGACAAGAUUUGCACGAAAAGUUGCCAAAGGGUUAAGUGAAGUUUACUCAGGCUCAAUUACAACUGGACCUCGAGGUGAAGUAUUCGAUAUGCAAGAAAUUAUUGAAAGAAAGCAUGUUAACAGUAAAGUGAAACCGGACUUUUCAACCCUACAUCCUUGUCCUUGGGUAUCAAAAGAGAAUCUAAGUAAUCACUCUUACAACGGUAACACAGAUAAUGAUGAUAUCAACCCAAAAUGCCAAAAAUAUUCAGUUUGUGCUGUUCUAUGCGAUUUAGUAUGGCCAAAUAAUGAACUGGUUAAAGCCCAUCCAAGGGUUGUUGUAAAAAAUCUGAUUCGUGAACUACAAACCAAAUACAAUUUACGCUUGUUUUCUGCUUUUGAACCAGAAUUUAGAGUAUUCAAAAAGGGUACUUUUGAGACAGCAUGUCUGAAGCCAUCACCGACAAAGAAACCGGAGUCUUGUUCAUUUAAUUUACCGAUACCGUAUACAAAGUUUAGUGAUAUUUACAGGACAAGUUUACUGUCGGUAUAUGAAGAUUUAUUCGCUGAUAUUGAGCACAAUAUGCAUUUAGCUAAAAUCAGUGUACAAGAUUAUAGUAAUGAAGACGGUGAAGGACAGUUGGAAUGCCCACUGAUGCCGACAUGGGGAAUAUCUGCGGCGGAUAACUACUUUAUAUUUAAGCAAGCUGUGAAAGAAAUCGGUGUGAAACAUGAUAUGGAGAUUUCAUUUAUGACGAGACCUUUGUUGAACAGUAGUUCCAGUGGUUGUCAUUAUAAUCAUUCCUUGUGGUAUGCUGAUAGCAAUCGUAAUGCAUUUUAUGACGAACAAGAUCCUGAUGGCCUGUCGACGCUUGCUCGUCACUGGAUUGCUGGCCUCCUAGAACACCUACCUGCUAUGUUAGCAAUUUGUUCACCGACUACAAACUGCUACAGACGAUUAAAUAAAUUCUAUGCACCCGGGCCAAUCAAUUGGGAUUUUCGUGACAGAUUUGUAGCAGUUCGGGUGAAAAAUUUUGGUGAAACCAACACCUACAUUGAAAAUCGUAUUCCUUCGUCCGCCUCCUGUCCAUACCACGUGAUGGCUGCUACUUUAGCCGCUGGUUUAGAUGGUCUAGAUCGUAAACUCGAACCACCAACUCCAGGUCAGAAACCAGAAUUAGGCAAUCUUGUAAAAAUGCUACCAGGCACAUUUCCUGAUGCAUUGCAAUGCUUGAAAGAUGAUCAAAUAUUUGUGAAGAAGUUGGGAACAGAUUUUUGUGACUGGUAUAUACGCAUGAAAGAGUGUGGUGAUUUAGCCUAUCUUGGUCAUUUAGAUAUCAACGACAAUCAAGAAGAGACUCUGGCUUUUGAAAGAUAUGAAUACCUAAAGUUCAGUUAA